AUGGAAAGGACACAGCAGUUGACAAAUGUUCAAGGGCAACUACAAGAGAAAGAUGAAGAAAUUUCUUCCUUAGAAAGACAGCGCAGGGAAAAAGAAAACGUAAACGAACUGGAUAUUUCUCUUUCAGCAAUUCAGCGAGUGCAAAGUGAACCUUCACGUCAAAAGGCUCCUGACUGGGUCAUUUCACGUGAUCAAAUACAAGUCACAGACGAAGCGCUCGGCACAGGAGGCUGGGGAACUGUUUUUGAAGGCCGGUACUGUGGCUGUGCUGUCGCCGUGAAACAGCUCCAUGAGAUAAUUCUUUCCCCCCUUUAUAAGCGAUUUUUUGAGCGAGAAAUGGACAUUGCCUCAAGAUGUCGCCACCCUUGUUUGCUCCAGUUCACUGGAGCGACAAAUGAUGGAGAAAACCCUUUGUUUGUGACUGAGCUUAUGGAAACAAGUCCGCGAAACCUUUUAGAGGAGAGACCCCUUUCUGCAAUUGAAUCGUCGGUUAUUUCUCUGGAUGAGUCUCGAGCACUAAACUACCUUCAUAAUAAACAGCUAUGUCCUAUUAUUCACCGGGAUAUCAAUAGUGCCAAUGUGUUGCUUUGGCAACAAGCUAACCAAUGGCGAGCCAAAGUGUCUGAUUAUGGCGCUGCCAAUUUUUUGAGGCAGGUCUCUACAGCUUGUCCUGGUACUCCAAUUUACAGUGCACCUGAAGCACUCACUGUUAACCAAACUGUGAAGGUUGAUGUGUACAGUUUCGGUGCUCUCCUUUGA